AUGGUCACGAUGGCGUCGAACGGGUUAGUAGUCGCUAUUCCGCAGAAUUACACGGAAAAUGGCCGCCUCUAUCACGGUUAUCGAAGAGGGAUUUACAUGUACCCGUGCGACGAGCAAGAAAAGGACCGCAUGGACAUAUUCCACAAGCUGUUCCUCGUGGCCCGCCGCGAAUCGCUACACCAGGCGCCGGUGGCGCCCAUGUACCAGCCGCGCAUUCUCGAUCUGGGCUGCGGGACAGGAAUCUGGGCGAUCGACAUGGCCGACAAGUACUUGGAUGCCGAAGUGCUCGGUUUGGACCUCGUGAACAUCCAGCCUGACAAGAUUCCGCCCAACCUGCGAUUCCGCGUGCCGCGCGACUACGAGAGCCCCUGGUCACUGGGCGAGGAUUCCUGGGACCUGAUACACCUGCGUCUGGCGGGCGGCAGCGUUUCCAGCUGGCCCGAGCUCUACCAGAAGAUAUUUUCACACUUGAAGCCUGGCCAAGGCUGGAUCGAGCAGGUCGAAAUUGACCUGGAACCGCGCUGCGACGACGGCACGCUACCCCCGAACUCACCGCUGGUGCAAUGGUACCAGUACGUGGCGGACGCGACGGAGCGCGCGUCGAGGCCGCUGGCCUACAACCACAACACGAGGCAGAUGCUGCAAAUGGCGGGGUUCAUCGACAUCCAGGAGACCAUCAUCCGCGCGCCGUACAACUCGUGGCCGGCAGACCCGCACCAGAAGGAGAUUGGGCGGUGGUACAACCUGGGGAUUUGCGAGGGACUGGAGGCGCUCAGCCUGGCGCCCCUGACGCGCAUCUACCGGUGGGACGCGGCACAACACGUCAAGCCGCUGGUGGAGCAGGCGAUCCGGCAAAUACGGACGAAGAAGAUUCAUGCGUACAACAACAUACAUAUCUGGACUGCGCGGAGACCUGGACACUGA